AUGAAAGUGAUUGGGAAACUAAUAAUGUGGAUUAAGAUGCUAUGGUUGUUAUAUUUUGUCCAUCCUGGUGUGUGCAAAUGUGACUUAAGGUAAAAUGAUUGCUUUCACAUCGGUAUUAAAGAUUUAUAUCAAGUUAUCCUUGAAUGCCGUACACACGAACAAAUUUUCCUCGUCCUUUAGUGCAAGGCUCCUUGGCAAGGAGAAAUUGUCAAUUUUUUGUCGUACACACGAGCAAAUAAAACUUGUCAAAAAAAAAUUGCCAGUCUGUAUACGGAGCUUAAUUUGUAAAUUUCUGUACGUGUUGUACGUCGCUGACAGAUUAGUAAACUCACAAAAGAUGCAUGUCAAUCUCUGGGAAAUGGAAUACAAAAAGAAGCUGUAUAGUCAUAUAGGUUACAUAAAAUAGGCUAUUAUAAACUGACAGUUAAAAUAUAUUAAAAUUAAAUAUAUAUAUCCAUCUUUCAGUUCGUGCUUGGAUUCUACAUUUGCCUAUCUGUAUACAAGGCGUAUAUAAGACUUGGCAUAAAAAAGGGCAUUAUAAUUUAAAAUAUUAUAGGAAAAUAUCUGUGUUUGUUCAUAACAACAGAUGCAUAGACAAACGCGCAUAUAGUAAAAAUAAUUUUAGUAAAUUAUUUUCAUGAUUUUUUUUGUGCCAUGUAGAAAAGCCGGUGCUAAUAUGAAUGCAACGACAUGUCUUAAUGAAUUACUUCGUAGAUAUGACAAAAGAAUUAGACCUGGUAUAUUUGGUAAGUCACGUAGUCGUAUAGGAUUUUGUUUGGACACAAAGGUUCCGGCUACGUUCCCCGGAAUUUAUUCCAGGAACAUUUUUUGCAGUAACAAAGCCUGAAUAAAUUUAUAUCUCAUCGCUCCAGCGAAUGAGUGUCUGGCAACGUGCAGAAAUAUUUUUGGCAGUAAUAAAACCUCAACCCACGUACUUAUACCUCACUGCACACGCCAUCAAACGUCAGAUUGACGUUCGGAUCACGAAGUGAUGGCGUAGAAGGGGACUGAAACCAGUGAGCUCCAUAUAUAUCUGGAGUAAGAACUUCAGUCAUUCGGUCUAUACGAGAAAAGUGAAGCCAAGAUGGCGACCAUUGACGUCCAAUAACUCUAAAGGUCGUAAACAACUUUCACACCAUUCUCCCCAGUAUCGCUAACCAAGUUAUCAGUUCAUAAAACCAUAGUGUUAUUCUUUAAAUCGAUGUCAAGAUACGAAAUUUCGGCACACUCCUUGCCAAAAUGAGCUAUUGGACGUCAGCUCCAGUCCCCUUCUAUUGUUUUUGUCUGCCCGGUUAACACGAAGCUGGCUUCACUUUUUGGACUCGCCCCAGAUAUAUAUGGAUCUCACUGAAUGAAACUGACUUACGGAUGACGUGGAGAGCUGCUACCAUUGGUGACGCGAGGCUUCACCCUUUACUACCAAACGAAUGAACCUUAUCGUUCCAGUUAAAAGAAUGCAGUUCACUCUUGCCCACAUGGCAAGCCGUUGGGAUUUCAGGCUUUUCGUGGUUAACAUGGGGAGGGAGUUUCACCCAACUUUGAGAUGAGCUCCAAUGCCUUAACGUAUAUCUUGCACACUUUCAAGUUGGCUUCAGGGUUUUUCUAUAACGAAGCAGUGGACGACCUUAACUUCGGAGACCAAAGUUUAGGUGUCCAUAGAAAAGACCUAGUCUUGCCCUUCCACACGAACUGCAGUAUAUGGCCACUUCACCGUAGUUAAAAACUUUCAUUCAAUUCGAUCGCAUUUCGCAAUAACUUCAAACCUUUCAAAUAUAUAGAUAAGAGACUUUUGAUGUGACGCUAUGUUAUGUAUUGUACGUUUAGAGAAACCAACAGUUGUUAAAGUGGAUAUUCUUAUAGCAAACUUCUGGACGAUAGAGGAAGCUAACAUGGUAAAUAUGGUUUAUUGAUGCAUGCAGCACACUAUAGUACGGUCUAUCGAUGAUAAAGGAUUAAGUUGUAUGUAUAUAUUGUUAUAGCAGAAUAGCCAACAAUACGGUUUCCAUGAUUGAUAAACAAUAGAAUGAUUACAUUGAUAUUGUUGUUGUUGAAGUUGAGCCAAUGUUGGCCUAUUUUUUUAUCAAAACCUGCUCAAAAUCAACGAAUAAACAAUGAUCAUGCAUGCAUGCACCAUCAGGGCCCGCGGAGCGUAUUAGAGAGUGGGGGGGCUAAAUCAUCAAUAAAACCCCCAAUUAAUUAAUUUAGAAAGUUUCAUUUAGAUUUCUAUUUUAAUAAUUUUGGCUGUCAAAAAGUGGGGGGGCUCCCCCCGUCUCCGCGGUCCCUGACCAUGUGUCCAUGUAAACACGACUGUUAAGGCAAGGAACACAGCAAUGAUAUAACAGUGUGCGUUGUGGAUCGGAACCCUAUAUAGUUGCAUGUUCAUCCUUUUGGGCAGGUUGCUCCAAUAUUGACAGUUAAACACAGCUUUAACAAACCCAUAUGCCUUCAUGGGAAAACGCACUUUGCUUUUCAUGAAAUGCUGAACGUUGUGUCCGAAUGUUUAAAUGGCUUUCAGAAACCGUUACGAAAGCGUCGAACCGUAAACGAACACCGUUUGCUGAACGACUGCCCUUUUAUUUGCAAAGGUUUGUGCGUGAACGCGCAAACGCGUUUGGACGUCAUUCGUCUUUUUUGAAUCACACAUACAAGACUUCACUACGUUGACAGCACUGUCUGUUAUAGAGUUUUAUGAUUCGCUCAAUUUCAAUUUAUCCCAGGCUACACCACAACGUUGGUUGAAUUAACAACAGUGCCAACUGUAACAUCAUGUUAAAUAUGAAAUUAUUAUCCAAAUUACAAUGGUGCUAUUCAGCUAUAUCUGUAGUAUGUUUUGCAUUCUGUAGGAUUUCACAGUGGAUUUCUACCUGCGACAAUACUGGACGGACGAACGCCUGGUUUUUGAGGCAGAUGAUAAACACGAAAAGUUAACUUUAACCAGCGAAAUUUGGAAAGAAAUAUGGCUUCCUAGUACUUAUUUUAUUGGCAGUAAAAAGGCGUAUUUUCAUGAUGUAACCACGGAUAAUUAUUUACUUCAAAUAGGUCAAAAUGGCUCGAUAUUCUUUAGUAUGAGGUAUGUACAAUGA